AUGUCAAGGAAGCGUAUCAGAGCAUGGGAAGAAGGAUGGGAAUUCAUGGAAAAUGGCAUCAAGAAACUGAAGGGUUUCUUGGAACCAAAUUAUGAUGAUCACAUUCUGAGGAACAAUCAAAGUCGUUUAUUCACUUCAUCGGAAUACAUGACUUUAUACACCGUCAUAUUUAACCUAGCUACCUCUAAGCCUGAACAAGGUGAAGGACGUCCCCUUCCUGAGUUAUACCAAAGAAAACGCCGCCACGGCCUCGACAACGAGUCUUGGUUGAGGAAAGUGGUGCUUAGAUGGGAAAACCACAAGGUCAUGCUCAAGUGGCUUUCCCGGUUCUUUCAUUACUUGGACCGGUUUUACGCGUCACAGAAUGGUGUGGAUUCUCUGAAUGAUGCCGGUGUGGCCCUAUUCCAGAUCUUGGUUUAUGAAGAUCUGAAAGAGAAUUUGAGGGAUGCGAUUUUGGGUUUGAUCAAUCAUGCAAGGGAAGGUGGGCAAGUUGAUAGGGCUUUGAUUAAGAAGGCAAUUUACAUGUUUGUUGAAUUAGGUAAAGGAGACGUGGAUACAUUUUAUGUGAAUGAUUUUGAAGGACACAUGCUCGAGGAAACGAGUACAUAUUAUUCGAGGAAAUCGUCGAGUUGGGUCGUGGAGGAUUCUUGCUCGGAGUUUAUGAGAAAGGCCGAUGAAUGUUUGAGGAGGGAGAAAGAUAGGGUUUCUCAUUAUUUGCAAGCGAGUUCGGAGAGAAAGCUCUUGGAAAGAGACGAGAUUGAGUUGUUGGUUACUCAUGGAAAUCAGUUGCUCGAAAAAGAGGAUUCGGGUUUGAAUCUCCUGGAUUACAUUCAAGACAGGGAUCUUUUUAGUGAAUUUCACCGCAAGAAGCUUUCUCACCGCCUUUUGUUUGACAGGAGAGACAAUGAUGAUCAUGAAAGACUUCAUCACGUCCCACUUGAUUGCUUCAACCCCCUGGGAGUGAGGUUCGUGGCAGAACAAAUGGGUGAAGUAGAAAAAGUAAUGGAUGAUGCAGAGUCUUUAUCUACGACAACAUAUAUACGAGCAAAAAUCUGGAUUAAGCCACAUGAACCUCUCAAUCCAGGCUUCUAUGUAACAUUGGACUCGGAGCAGGAAACCUGGUUAGAGUGCCGCUAUGAAAGAAUGCAUAAGUUUUGUCUCCCAUGUGGCCAACUCGCUCACCCACUCACAAGGUGUCUCCAUCUUAGCGAUGCUCAAUUGGAAUCCUACCUUGAUGAGUACUUCUUCAAUGAAUCUGCUGGAAACAACGUUCCACUGGUGAAGGACAACAUGAAAAAACUUUUUUCUGAAUCAAUGAGGGCUCAUGGUCAUAAAAAUCAUAAGCGAACCUCCAUCAUCACAGAGACAUUUGUGGAUAGUCAAAGGAACUAUUUCGCCACUGUUGAUGAAAAUACCAUUAAAAAUGGUUUUGAAAUUACAAUGAGAGUCAAGCAUGGUUUGGAACAUGUACAGCCCCCAAACCCUGAUUUAAAUGAUGAGAUACAGGAGGAAGACCCGAAUGAUCAUAUGGAUGAUGACAAUCAAGGAAAUGAAGCCCCCAUGCAACCUGAAGCUAAUGGAUUUCAGCCAUCUGAAAAUGGUUUUCAUAUCCCAGAAGUUCCCCCCUCCCCUUCGGAUAAUGGAGGCAAAAAUCAGCCAACAGAACUCGAGUUCCAUGGAGGUAGUACAUCUCAGCAACGGGAAGAUGCAGCUAAAACAAGCCAGCCGAAUCACAUGGUGAAUCUUGCGGAACUGUCCCCAAUCCUAGCAGAAAAGGAACAUCUCUCUUCACAACCUCUCCGGGUGGCAACAAAACCCGGAGGGGACUUACAUGAGGUUCAUGAAUUGACCAAAGAAUAUGUGGAGUGGCCAAAACUACAGGAUGUAGAAGUUCAUCUGUUGGCACGAAAGGACAUGCUUUGGGAAUGGCAGCAACGAAAGGUCAACAAACUCAAGAAGGGGUACUUUUGUUUCCAAAAACCCACUUAUGCUGAAGAUAAAGCCGACAAUUUUUCUAUCAACUCGAACAGCUCCCCGAUCCAGCUUAACCCGUAUCAGGUAUCUACUUCAGCCUUGUUUGAGCUACUCUCUGAUGCUGAAAGUGAUUUUGGCAGGCUGAGGCAGACGGAUAAAAUCAGGAAAAAGAGAACUCAGAGGAUUCGGAAAACAAGUCACAACUGGGGUAACAGUCAUCGCAGAAUCAUACAAAAAGUCUCUACCUGGUCUGAUGCACCUGCCCUAUUUACUCAGACAGACACAAGCAUUUUCUGGUCAAUGCCUGAUGGAAGGAUGACUAGCCACAAGAGGAACAUACCAGAUACACCUUUGACUAUUCCUAAGGGCAAGAAGCUGAAACUGAAGCUGAAACCAUAUCCACCACCAGCACUACCAGCAAUCAAGAAAGGAGCAGAGAAGGUUUUCCCGGCGAUUGAACCAAAUCAAUCGCUGCAAUGUACAGGAGAUCAUAGGCAAGAGGCAGUGGUACAUCAGUCUGCUGACCAUGAGCCUACGACCAAUCUUUCAACAUGCCUGGAAAAUUGUCUUACUAAAGCCAUCACUCAACCAAAUUCCUUGAUUGCUCAGAUCUAUGAGGGGAAAUACUAUCAUGAUAAGUCUCUCCUACAUCUAAACUGUAGUGCUUUAGAAGCGCAAUGUUUGCGUGAAUUGGAUUUCCCCAUAGAAGCUCAGAUUCUAAUAGAGGUGGUGAAGAACAAGAAGGUGGUACUGAAAAGCUACCCAUCUGGAGUUCCAAAGGAGUCUGAUCUGGAAAUCAUCACAGACACCACCAUUAGUUUGAAAGUCCCACAAGGCUCAAAUGGGGUUUUGCUUAAAAAUCUUUACUUGUCAUGUGAUCCUUACCAGAGGCUACUUAUGCAGGAAGAUUCUAGUAUGGAGGGUGCAUUUUCUGGUUACACUCCUGGCUCUCCAAUAACUGGAUUCGGGGUGUCAAAGGUAGUAGAUUCAGGACAUUCUAGUCUCAAAAAGGGUGAUUUGGUUUGGGGAAUUACAGGAUGGGAGGAGUACAGUCUCGUAGAAAAACCAGAAUCCUUGAUCAAGAUAGAGCACACAGAUGUACCACUUUCUUAUUACACUGGUCUUCUAGGUAUGCCGGGUAUGACUGCUUAUUGUGGAUUCUUCGAAGUGUGCGAACCAAAGAAAGGAGAAAAGGUAUAUGUAUCUGCAGCAGCUGGUGCAGUUGGCCAACUUGUUGGACAAUUUGCAAAACUGACAGGAUGUUAUGUAGUUGGAAGCGCCGGAAGUAAAGAAAAGGUUGAUCUUCUGAAGAACAAGCUUGGGUUUGAUGAUGCUUUUAAUUACAAAGAAGAGAAAGACUUGGACUUGGCUCUGAAAAGGUACUUCCCUGAAGGAAUUGAUAUAGACUUUGAAAAUGUUGGGGGAAAGACUUUGGACACUGUGCUUGUCAACAUGAGAAUGCACGGACGCAUUGCUGUAUGUGGAAUGAUCUCGCAGUACAAUCUGGAGAAGCCGGAAGGAGUGCACAAUCUUGAUCAGUUGAUCUUCAGGAACCUCAAAAUGGAAGGAUACACAUCGUUCGAGGUUUACCAUUUAUACCCUAAGAUGCUGGACCAAAUCGUGCCUUAUAUCCGGGAAAAGAAGGUUGUCUACGUAGAAGACAUUGAUCAUGGCCUUGAAAAUGGUCCUGCAGCUCUUGAAGCUUUGUUCAGCGGUCGCAAUGUUGGGAGAAAACUGGUUGCAGUUGCCACUGAAUGA